CAUUGUUGCAAAUAUUUUGAUGAAGAACACGAUGCUCUCCCUCUCGCGUGCCCCGUAACUGCUUCCAUUCAUUCAUUCAGUCCAGUUUGGCUCGAGCACAGUCUUCUCUCUUGGAGAUUUUCCUUCCAGUUUCCUCUCAAUUAUGUUCACUUUCGCUGCCUUUUGCUAUAUGCUUUCCCUUGUCCUCUGUGCUUCUCUCAUCUUCUUCGCGAUCUGGCAUAUAACAGCCUUUGAUGAGCUUCAGGCAGACUUCAAGGUGCCGAUCGAUCAGGGCAAUCCACUUCACGCGCGUGAAAGACUGCGAAAUAUUGAGAGGAUCUGCUGCCUGCUGAGAAAGUUGGUGCUUCCAGAGUACUCUAUCCAUGGGCUCUUCUGUAUCAUGUUCCUGUGUGCUCAGGAGUGGCUUACUGUAGGCCUGAAUAUCCCUCUGCUCUUCUACAACACAUGGAGCAGGUACUUUCACAGCCCCACAGACACUAAGGAGCUUCUCUACGAUCCAGCAUCAGUCAUGAAUGGAGACACACUCAAAUUCUGCCAAAAAGAAGCCUGGUGCAAGAUGUCCUUCUUCGUCCUCUCAUUCUUCUACUAUCUCUACUGUAUGAUCUACUCCUUGGUGACCUCAUAACAGAGUUCUCAACACUGCUCAUAAGACACUGUUUUCCAAAAGCUCUAAACUAGAUUUGGAUGAAACAAGAGCACCGCUAGACACAAGUUCAACAGACUGCAGUGUCUGAACCUAAAGAGAAGACUUGACCCCAUCUUCCCAGAGUAUCAGAAGAACCCAGUGUCGUUUACAGAUCUGACUCAACGCCCUAGAUGUCUCAUGGACCUGGUGUGAUGCGCUUUUCACAAGCUCACAGUAACAUUUGCACAGAUUGUCUCAGGCAUAGCACAACAUGUCCUUUACCACUUUGAGGCACAAAACCUGCCAACCUUUACACUCACUAUAUGUAGCUUAAAAUUCAUGUUAGGUUAAAACAAAUGAAAGGAAACUAUGUCUAACUUGAUCACAGAAUGUUUCAUUUUUAUCAGUCACACACUAGGCCACUGAGUUUGAUUACGUGUGAGAAGCUUUUGUGAUAUAUUUUAGG